CAGGGAGAGGGCAACGUGAGGACCCACCAGGAAUGCACAAGCAACUUGAACUUGCUCUUUUUCUUCUAGUGAUCUCUGAGAGGCAGAGCCACUAUUUUGGUAGACAAACCAAUCCAGAAAGUUGUCUUAGGAGCUAGUGCAGAUCGGCCAUCACGCACACUUCAAAAGGAAUUUCUCCUCUCUUCUACUCCGAGAUGGCCUUCAGCAAGAUGAGGCUGCUGUAUGCUUUCGUUCUGGUGGUGGGGGCGCUCUGCUUGUACCUCUACAUUGCCCUUUAUAAAGAACUGCCAUUCGUUUUCAAGAGAAGUGCUGGGAAGUUCCUUCAGCUUCCUGAUGUAGACUGCAGGCAGAACCCACCCUUCCUCGUCCUGCUGGUGACUUCCUCCCACAAACAGAUGGCAGCUCGCACGGCCAUUCGCAAGACGUGGGGUAGAGACAGGACGGUGCGAGGGCAGCAGGUGAGGACCCUCUUCCUCCUGGGCGCCUCAGACAGCACGGAUGAGAUGGCCGCCACGGCCCAGGAGAGCCAGGAGCACCGAGACAUCAUCCAGAAGGACUUCAAGGACGUCUACUACAACUUGACCCUGAAGACCAUGAUGGGCAUGGAGUGGGUCCACCACUUUUGUCCUCAGGCGACUUUUGUCAUGAAAACUGACUCCGACAUGUUUGUCAAUGUUGGCUAUCUGACGGAGCUGCUGCUAAGGAAAAACAAAACAACCAGAUUCUUCACAGGCUACUUAAAGCUCAAUGACUUUCCCAUCCGGUCAAAGUUCAACAAGUGGUUUGUAAGUAAGUUUGAAUAUCCAUGGGACAAGUACCCACCUUUCUGCUCAGGCACUGGCUACGUCUUUUCCAGUGAUGUGGCGAGACAAGUGUACAACGUCUCAGAAAGCGUCCCAUUCCUCAAGCUAGAGGAUGUGUUUGUGGGACUCUGUCUGGCCAAGCUGAAGAUCAGGCCGGAGGAGCUUCACUCCAAGCAGACCUUCUUCCCAGGUGGCUUACGGUUCUCCGUGUGUCGUUUUCAGAAAAUUGUGGCCUGCCACCACGUCACGCCCAGCAACCUACUCACCUACUGGCAGGCGCUAGAGAGCUCCCGGGAAGAAGACUGUGCAGCAGUCUGA